AUGAUUACAACAAAUGGCAGCCUUUCGUUUCUGCAGUUGUCUUGGACAACUUUUCAAUCGGUCUUUGUUGUAUUCGUUAUCUGCCUAUGUGGAUUCCUUUGCUCCUGUAGUGGUCUUUUACCCAAGGAUGGCCAGAAAAUUAUAUCAAUGUUAAACGUGAACUUACUAACCCCAUGCUUAAUUUUCAGCAAGCUUGCAAGGUCUUUAUCAUUAGCAAAAUUGAUCCAAUUAUUUAUCAUUCCAGUGUUCUAUUCAGUAUUGAUUGGGGUUUCGUACUUAAGUGGGUGUUUGGUAUCCAGCCUAUUUGGCUUAGACUUAGAUGAGACUCAUUUUGUCAUUGGUACUGCAGUAUUUCCUAAUAGCAACUCUCUACCAGUCUCACUAAUGAUGUCAUUGGCAUAUUCCUUACCUCAACUGAAGUGGCCGGAGAUUCCUGAUGAUAACGGCGAUAAUAUCGCGUCAAGAGGCAUUCUCUAUUUACUCAUGUUCCAACAGAUAGAUCAGACUCUCAGAUGGUCGUGGGGUGUGCACAAACUGUUAAGGUGGUCUGGAGAAGCAGAGGAGAGUAUAACAAUUACAGAGCAGAGCUCUUUUAGUACGACAAUUUUGGAUUCUGAUACUACUCGCACAAAAUUUGCUAAAUUCUCAAGCCACCUAAGGUACCAUUGGGAUAACUUAGUUUCUUAUAUGAAUCCUCCCCUCUACGCAAUAUUUUUUUCCGUUGUUGCAGCAUCCAUCCAACCGCUGAAAGAAGCACUAUUCGAAGGCUCUGGAUUUUUACAUAACACUUUAACAAUGGCAGUGGAUCAAAUGGCGGAUGUUUCUAUUCCCUUGAUUUUGAUCGUUUUAGGUGCCAAUUUUGGUCCUUCAAAUUCCACAUCAUCAAUGGCAACCCAUAAUUCUAAAAAUAUGGUAUUUGCAUCAAUUCUUUCAAGAAUGAUUUUGCCCGCCAUCAUUCUACUUCCGCUAAUUGCAUUGACGGUAAAAAAUUGUAAAAUAAGCAUAUUGACCGAUCCUGCCUUUUUAUUAGUUUCCUUUUUGCUAACUACUUCACCUCCAGCAAUUCAAUUGACACAGCUCACACAAAUCAACGAAUUCUUCGAAUUUGAAAUUGUUAAAGUGUUAUUUUGGGGGUAUGUCGUGAUGACUCUGCCCAUGACGAUAGCCAUGGUAUCAAUAUCCUUGACAGUGUUGGAAUGGGCCAAUCAAUAG